UGGCGUCCUGUGCGCGCGCGCCCGUUUCGCCUGAGUGUGUGCGUGCGUGCGUGCGUUUUCGCAGACGGGAAUAAUGCGCCAGAGGAAGUGCGCCCGAUGUCCGUCUGCGCGUCCCGACUUCCUGCUCUGUGGGUAAGCAAAGCACAGAGCAGAGCCGCGGAUCCGCUUUCGCGCACAGCGGCAUGGAGCCACAACACAACAAGACACACAGCCUGCUUUAAAAGACUUUACGCGCAUCCGGGCGGACCGAAAGAAGAGGAUCAGCCGUGCCAUAAACAAGGUUGUUGUUCCUUCCAGAUCGCUGCCAUCAUGGAGAGCUCCAGUACACUGUGGCAGUUCCUCCUGCAGCUGCUGCUCGACCAAAGCCACAAACAUCUCAUCUGCUGGACGUCGGAUGACGGCGAGUUCAAGCUGCUCAAGUCGGAGGAGGUGGCCAAGCUGUGGGGCCUGCGGAAGAACAAGAGCAACAUGAACUAUGACAAGUUGAGCCGGGCCCUGCGCUACUACUACGACAAAAAUAUCAUCAAGAAGGUGAUCGGCCAGAAGUUUGUGUACAAGUUUGUGUAUUUCCCCGACAUUCUGAAGAUGGACCCGGCUGCCGUGGAGGCCGGCCGGAGGACCGAAGACUGCAGAAGUGUGCCGUCGGAAGCUGAGGACGAAGAUGGGAGGCACCGAUACCUCCACACCGGCUCUCUACGUCACACCCUAGAAAGACCCCACUCCAUUAAGAGAGACAUCAGAUAUGAUCGCCAUGACGACAGCUCCACAGUCAUCCGAUUCGUCACUAACCGUGGCCAUUCCUCUCACCCUUCUGUGACUGAAAACUCCCCGGCUCGCUCUUCCUCGCCACAGAGUCCCGUCCUUGCAGUGACUGAUGAAUCCGAACAGGGCGAUGUGCCUUUAAACCUGUCAUCGGGUCAGAGGGAACGAGAACGUUCCAAGUUCAGGAAACCCAAAGACCUGGAAAUUUCAUCCUCGUCCCACCUCGUGACAGGAAAUGACCUUGUCUCCAUUGCCCUGAAAAGUCCAGCACUUCCCUCUGGUUCCUUGACUCCAGCUUUCCUGACUACACAGACGCCAUCUGGUCUACUGCUCACCCCCAAUCCGCUGCUGUCCAACGUCCACUUCUGGUCCAAUUUAAGUCCGGUGGGACCUCCAAGCCCAGCCCAGCUGCAGAGCCAUCCCACCUUCCAGUUCCCAACCUUGUUGAAUGGAGCCAUUCCACUGCCUUGGCACAAUGCGGACAUUUCUUCUCCUUUGCUGAUCUCCUCCCACAAGUCUUGUUAAUGGAGACCUGGGCCAAUCAGCCUUUAAAAAAACCUGAAACUGUCUUUUUAUAUAUUUUUUUAGGUGGGGAAAAAAAGGGGUAAGACAGUCAUUUUACAUAUCACACGGGACGUUUGAGAAAACUGGAAAGGCCAGCAAUUUUCAUUUUGUGAAAAUGUGAUGUUUGGGAGACGCAACUGGGUUUGUAAACCAGUCAAGUGACAUUGACACAGCAGUUGUACAGGCUUCCCCCACCUCCGAAACAAUUCCUUUGUUCUGAAAUAAUGCACAUGCUUACAUUCGGGUGCGCAAAGAAAAAAGCUAUUGCAAAAUGCUAAUCAUUUUUAUGUGUGUUAUUUUCAAUGCCUUACAUCGGUUGUGCCUUAUAUAAUUCACCCUAUUUGCUAUGAUAUACAAAUGCUUAUGAAAUGCUUUUUUAAAAAUGAUUCUUUUAUAGGAAAUAAAAGUGUUUUUCUCAAGA